GGUCUCUUUCACCGGUCUGCUGACCUGAUGUACCGAGUUAGGUUUUUUUUCUAGUUCCUUACAUUUUGUAACGUUAGCGUAUGGGUGGAUUUGUUUUGUCAUCUUGCCUCUACUGUCUCAUCAGAAGCUUUUUUUGCACGGGUAACCCCGUAGCUAGAUAGAGCGACACCCAUAGCGGUAAACACAAGUUAGCGUUAGCUUGCUGCUCUGUCGGUUUAAUAUAGUAUUUCCAUCAACGUUUACGUUAAAAUGGGUGAGGAAAUUAACGACAACCCUUCAGGCAGCGGACCUGCUGAUAACACUGUCGCUGAGGGAAACGGCCAAACAGUAGAAGCUGGUGUACAAUACUACACACUAGAAGAAAUAAGGCUACAUAACAUGAGCACUGACACAUGGCUCAUCGUCCACGAUAAAGUGUAUGAUCUUACAGAUUUCCUUGAAGAGCAUCCGGGGGGUGAGGAGGUGUUGAUAGAGCAGGCUGGAUCAGAUGCCACAGAGAGCUUUGAGGAUGUGGGUCACUCCACAGAUGCCAGGGAGAUGCUUAUGCAGUACUACGUUGGGGAGCUCCACAUGGAUGACAGAUUAAAGCAGAAGCCAAAUGAGGAAAAUGACGCUAAAUCAGGAGAGUCCAGCUCCUGGACCACAUGGUUGAUACCUGCUAUCGUCGCGAUUGUCGUUGGCGUUGUGUAUCGCUUCUACGUGUUUGAACACAAGUCUUCUUGAGUGUUGGCAUCGUUUUUUCAUCUUAUUAUUUUCAUCUGGAGGCCUUGAAAUGUUUGACCAAAACCUCCUCAUACUGAACGCACACAAUUGCGAGUCUCUGCAACAACAAAAUUAGGCCAGCAGUUUGUCCUUGUCCAUCUACAUAGAGUGCAGACUUAAUUGAAUUGUCUGCCUUUUAGUAUAUUUGUAUUUCAUUGUCACUAUGCCUGUUGUCAUUAAUGUUUAACAUUGUCAUUAACUUAAGCUAUUAUAUGCAUUAAACCAAUUGUUGUAUGUUCAUACCCAUUUGCCUGAAAAGAGAACGGUUAUGUUAACAGCCUUGUACAUACACCAUGAUUUUGCUGAUAGAGAAAAUGGAAACAGUAAAGGAGACGUUAGUAUGCAAAAUGGUAAUGAUCAGGAUAAUAGUUUACCAUGACCAUACUUUUUACACUGAAAUAUCACUUGCGAUGCAUUUUAUUAGUUUUGAAUAAAGUGAACAUUGUUACAGCUACCUUUUGUUUUAAUUGGAAUCUGGAGUUUAUUUCAUUUCGGCACUGUUCUGAUUGCAUUUAUUGCUAAGUUGCAAAUGCAUAUUUCUGAUCAUGCAAUUGUAUCAAAUCUGUGUCUGUUCUUUUUUGGGAUAUAGUGGUGAGUUAUAUUGUAUCAAUAAUUAUUUAAGGUAGAUUGUAUUCUGACAUGUCCUAUUUUUUACACUUAUACUGCUGACAGUGAAUGAUGAGUGAAUAGCCUUGAAAGAAGAAAUCUGUUUUUUCAUUGUUCCAUUUUGAAAUGUUAUUGUUUCUCACUCUGCCAUUUGUUAUUUAACUGCUGCUUUUUCACAAAUGUAUUUCCAUGUAAUGCAUCUUAAAUCUAUGUUCUAGGAAAGUGGUACUAAUCGCCAGAGGUUUUAAAUUAAAUUGGGUGUGUGUUGCAAGCCACAGUGCAUACAUAUUUAAUAUAUCUAUUUUAGUUACUUAACCUUUACAAAUAUAAGUUUGCUGUUCAUGUUUUAGCACUGCAGAAUAUAUAAUGAUAAAUAUAAUCUUUGCAUAGCAUUUUUUAAAUCACUCCUUUUACUGAACAUACUGAAACAGGCACCUGAUUACCACCUGUCAUUUCACAAAAGUUAAACAUUUCUGGACAUAACUUGCUGCCAUUUUAACAUAAGUGCAGCAGAAUCUAGUUGGUUGACAAAUAUUUUCCAUCUUUCAACUGAUAUUUCCUGUCUUUAAUGGCCUCUUUGAAUAAAAAAUGUCAAAACAA